AGAGACGAGAGCGCAUGGGAUGGGACACAGAGUACCAGUGCUACACCAACCAGGACAAUCCAUUUGGAGACUCUGCACUCACCAACACCUUUGUAUGGACUAAGAAACUAGCCAAAGAAGGAGUAAAAAAUGUAUCCCGGAAUGAACUGGAAGCUUUGAACAGGCAAAAACAGUUAGAAAACAAAAUUGAACUUGAAAAGGUGAAGCAGCGCCGUCUUGAGCGCGAGGCGGAGCGCGGCGGGAGGCGGAGGCGUCGGCGGCGGCGCGUGCGCGAGGCUGCGCAGUUCUCCUCAUGGGCGCGACACGAGGACGCCUUCCACUUAAAACAGGCGCGCCUGCGCUCUGCGAUACGUAUCCGAGAUGGAAGAGCCAAACCGAUUGACUUGCUGGCAUGGUAUGUAAGUUCCGAAGAAUGCGUGGACGCGCUGGAGAUGCACGAGCCGUACACAUAUCUCAAUGGAUUACAGAUGCAGGAUCUCGAAGAUCUCCUCGAGGAUAUUAAGGUGUACAAAGAACUAGAGAGCAGCGAGAACCAGUCGUACUGGGAGGACGUCGGCACGAUCGUGUCGGACGAGGUGAACAAGCUGCGCCGCGUGGCCGCGCCCGCCGCCCGCCGCGACGGCGUACACCAAGCUGUCGCGGACGACGUCGCCCAGAUUUUCAAAGGAAAAACAGGCAGUCAACUGGAAGCUUUACAAACUCAGAUUGAACAAAAGAUUAGCGGGAAGAGAGACGGCGUCGACAUCGGCUACUGGGAGAGUUUGCUCAGUCAGCUAAAAGCGCACAUGGCCCGCGCGCGCCUGCGCGACCGCCACCAGCGCAACCUGCGCCGCAAGCUGCACAUGCUCAAGCAGGAGCAGGGCGUGCACCCCGCGCAGCCCGCGCACCCCCUGUCCGACGACCAGCGCCCCGACACCAGUGGUCAGUCAGUGGAUACUGCCCAGCAAAGCGAGCCGCCCGAACCUCUUUCGGAAUCGUCGAGCUCUCGCCACGCAGAGCAGUCGGCAGAGACGGCGGCGGAGGCGGAGGAGGCGGCAGGCGCGGAGGCGGCGGAGGAGGCGUGCGUGGCGCUGUACCGCUCGGGGCGCUACUCGCCGGCGCUGCUGGGCGCGGGCGCGCUGGAGCCCGGCACGCUGCUGCUGGAGCCGCGCGAGGACGCGCAGCGCGUGCACUUCCUGCGCGCCGCGCUGCACGCCGCGCAACACAAGGCCGCGCACACGCCCGACAACGCGGGCGCUGCGCGGUCGGGCGACGCGUUGGAGCGCGAGGCGCGUCGUGCGAUGGGCUCGUCGGCCGAGGAGGCGCAGUUCAGCGUCGAGCACGUGCUGCCCGACCAGCCCUGUCUGUGGGCCGACAAGUACCGACCAAGGAAACCCAGAUACUUCAACAGAGUACAUACUGGAUUCGAGUGGAACAAGUACAACCAGACCCACUACGACAUGGACAACCCGCCGCCGAAGAUCGUGCAGGGCUACAAGUUCAACAUAUUCUACCCGGACCUUAUAGACAAGAAUGCUACUCCAGAGUUUUCACUAAAACCAUGUCCAGACAACCCAGACUUUGGCGUGCUGGCGGGUUCCACCGCAGGCCCUCCAUACGAGGACAUUGCAUUCAAGAUCGUGAACCGCGAGUGGGAGUACUCGUACAAGCGGGGCUUCCGCUGCCAUUUCCACAACAACAUCUUCCAACUGUGGUUCCACUUCGUUUAUUACACGCUAUCGCCGGUUUAUUCAUAG